AUGAACAAAGCCACCAAUCGCCCAAGAGCCAAACGAAAGCGAGUCUCCCGGGCAUGCGACUAUUGCCGUGCCCGGAAGCACAGAUGUGAUGGCCGCCGCCCGGCCUGCUCGCGGUGCUCUGCCACCCACCAACCAUGCAGCUACGGCUCGGACAUCAAGAAGCGCGGGCUGCCGACUGGCUAUGUGCGAGCUCUU